AUGGAUUCAGAAGACGACUUCAUGUCCGAUCCGCCUAGUGGGGAUGAGAUGGAAUUCGAGGAGGGUACACAAGACAGUGACAUCGGCAGUAUCGGGGGUGAUUUCGACCAAGAUCAUGAUGGUGGCUUCGGCUACGAGAAAGACAUAAUUGGCGGCAGCCAGAAGCCCUACGAAGUCGACUACAAGAUCCUUAGCCCGGAAGACAUCCACAACCAGCAAGAACGUCAGUUCAAGGAAGUCUCGACCAUUGUCGAUCUACCCGUCGAGCUGACCGCUAUACUCCUACGAUCAAUGAGAUGGAACAAGGAGAAGCUGAUCGAAGCGUACAUGGACAACCCCGAAAAAGUCCUCGAGUCCGCUGGCCUGGGACCUACAUUUGCCGAUACACCAAGGACGAAGAAGGUUGAGGGUUUCGUCUGCGAGAUUUGCUUCGAAGAUUCACCGGACUUGGAAACAUAUGCCAUGAAGUGUGGCCAUAGAUGCUGCACCGAUUGCUACUCGUCUUAUCUUACACAGAAAGUCAAGGAGGAAGGGGAGGCCGCUAGGAUCGAAUGUCCUUUCGACGGAUGCCACCGGAUUGUAGACUCCAAGACCCUGAAAUUCCUGGUCGACCAGAGCGUCGUGGAUCGGUAUGAAAUCUUGCUGACCCGGACAUACGUCGACGACAGGGACAACUUGAAGUGGUGUCCGGCUCCCGAGUGUGAAUAUGCGGUGGAUUGUCCCGUAAGGAAGCGUGAUCUUGGCCGGAUCGUGCCUACAGUACGUUGUGGCCACGAACACUCCUUCUGCUUUGGUUGUUCGCUAGCGGAUCACCGCCCUGCACCUUGCGCUCUCGUCAAACGGUGGCUCCAGAAGUGCGAGGAUGAUAGCGAGACCUCGAACUGGAUAUCCGCCAACACGAAAGAGUGCCCGAAGUGCAACUCGACGAUCGAGAAGAAUGGAGGUUGCAAUCACAUGACUUGCCGGAAAUGCAAGCACGAGUUUUGCUGGAUGUGUAUGGGCCCCUGGUCGGAGCACGGGACAAGUUGGUACAACUGCAACCGGUUCGAAGAGAAGUCAGGAGCAGAUGCUCGUGAUGCUCAGGCACGCUCUCGACACUCGCUGGAGCGUUAUCUUCACUAUUAUAACCGAUACGCCAACCAUGAACAGUCAGCCAAACUCGACAAAGACUUGUGGCUGAAGACGGAAAAAAAGAUGACUAGCCUUCAAACACAAUCUAACAUGUCGUGGAUUGAGGUGCAGUUUCUUGAUACUGCGUCCAAGGCCCUGCAAGCCUGCCGCCAAACCUUGAAGUGGACGUACGCUUUUGCUUUCUACCUUGCACGAAACAACAUGACCGAAAUCUUUGAGGACAACCAGAAAGAUCUGGAGAUGGCCGUCGAAAACCUGAGUCAGAUGUUUGAAAAGCCGGUACAUGAACUCGGUGGCCUGAAAGUUGAGAUUCUUGACAAGACGACGUACUGCAACCGAAGACGCGAGAUAUUAUUGAGUGACACGGCCGAGAACCUGAAGAAAGACCAAUGGAAAUUCAACGUGGAGUUAUAA